UCACAAGGACGGAAAUGGGUUCAGGCAACAUGGUAGAAAUGUGAUUUUAUUAGCAGUUAAUAUUACCUCACUUUUAAAGGGUUACAGGAACUGUAUUAACAGAGUCACUUGCUCCAAAACGGACUAAAAUCAUUUAAAUACAAGGAUCCGAUGAUUGCACACACGCGGUUUUGCUUUUGUGGUCAACUGAUGUCUAAAAUCAACAACUGAAAUGUCCAACCCUGCACUUAUUUCACUUCAUCAAGCACUGAAGAAAGGCUUCCAGAGUCUUGAAAACAAUCAGAAAGUAUGGACGAGUGUGUUAGCCGAUUGCAGCCCUCUGAUGGUGUCUCUGGGUAACUUGGCGGAGCAGUCACGAGCGCUUUCCAACGUCCAAAUCUCCAACACACCGCUCAGAGACUUUCCUGACCUCGAGGAACGGCUGCGUUUCAAGCUCCUACAAGCCACGGAUACAGUGCUGGGCAAACUCAAUGAGAAGAUGUCUUCUCUACAGUCGGUCAGAGAUUCCAUCAGUAACCAGGUUUUUGCAGUCUUCCAGCAUUACGAGCAGAACACAGACAGUCUGGAUCUGCUCACCGUAACCGAGCGCUCGGCCACCGCCCCGUCUGUCUCUGACAUGCUGGAGUGGCUGCAGGAUGCCGAGCGUCACUACCGACAACAAUUUCUGAGGAGGAAGACUCUGCUGCAGACUCUGAGGGCAGAUGAUUUCUCCCUUUUAGAAUUGGCUCCCAAAAGAUGGAAAUCCUGGGACUCUCCCAGUGCAGAAGACCACAUCAAAGAUACACUUUGCAAAGUGUCCUUCUUUAUUAUGUCCCAAUAAAAAGAGAGAAAAAGCAACAUAUGUGGAACUUUGACCAGUAUGAAGAGGCUAGAAGAGAAGAGCAAACAUACGUAGAUGGACACAUUUCCUGUGGAUUUUAGAGAAAGGACUGGAUUUUUAUUGUCAUAGAAUAGUCCCUAGACAUGUUCUUGGAUGGAUUACUACUUUAUAUGGUAAUUGAAGAUGAAGAGGCAAUUACAA